AGUAUUACAUAUAGUGUAAAAGUAACAAUUGAUAGGUACGUGUGUUACCAUUUGCAAGCCUAAUAGUUUAGUUUACUGUUUUAUUGUGUUCAAUUAAAUAUAAAUGUAAAAACGAUUAUCAGUUAAUACCGAAUAAGUGAUUGGUAUAAUUUUAUUAAGUAAACAGGGGAUUGGAGAGAAAAUCAAUAUGAUAAAAUUCAUUAAGAUAUUAAUAAUAACAUUUUAUUUCGGUGUUACUACGUUGUAUUUUAAACCAGUAGAAGGGGAUCGAAUUUUGGCUAUAUCUACAAUAGGUGGAAGGAGCCAUUGGAAUGUUAUGGAAGGAAUACUUCGUGCAUUAACAGAGCAUGGUCAUCAAGUAACAGUUUUGACACCAUUUCCUAGUGGUGAUAGAGAAAAUUACACAGAGAUAGAUGUAUCCAAUGAAACUUUUUCAUUGUUACGGUUGGACAUUGACUUGGUGCGAAAACACUUAACUUCAUACUACGAUAUAUUGCAUUACACUUAUAAUUAUAGUCGAAAAACAUGUAAAAUAUUAUACGAAAAUAAUUUCAUUAAGAGUAUAAUGACCGAUUCCAGAUCUAAUUUUGAUGUCAUCUUCAUUGAAUUAAUGGCAUCGGAGUGCGUUUCAUAUUUAUCUGCCAAAUUAGAUUUACCAUUAAUAUACGUCACACCACCUCCUCUAAUAUCAUACGUAGAACAUUCUGUCUUAGGACAUUUUCCAAACCCAGCUGUUGUGUCACAUGUAUUAGCUGAUCACAGCAUUCCUAGAACAAUGAUUGAUCGAUUCACAAACACAGUAUUGUUGUUUUAUACAAUAUUUUUGCUUCAAUACAAAAGUUGGUCUGCAAGACUAUUCGAUACACAAGCUUUUGAUCAAAUCGAACCAAUUAAGCCCUCAAUAAUAUUUAGCAACGCAUAUUUCAUUUCCGAUGCUUCAAGACCUAUAUUACCAAUUGUAAUUCAAGUCGGUGGUAUACAUCUCAGUCCGCCAAAAAAAAUACCUGACGAUAUUUUAGAAUUUAUCGAGAAUUCUCCACAAGGAGUAAUUUUUUUUACAUUAGGUUCUGUUGUGACAGUAUCUUCGAUACCAGAAAAUAUUAGAAACGAUAUUUUAAAAGUAUUAAGUCAAGUUCCUCAGAGAGUAUUACUAAAAUAUGAAGAUGAAAUGAUUGAUAAACCAGAGAAUAUCAUGAUAAAAAAAUGGUUUCCUCAACGAGAUAUACUUAUGCAUCCUAAUGUAAAAUUAUUUAUUAGUCACGGAGGAAUAUCCGGGAUGUAUGAGGCUGUAGAUGCCGGUGUUCCGGUUCUUGGAUUUCCUGUAUUCUUCGAUCAAUCAAGAAAUUUAGAAAAUUUAGUAGAUGCGGGGAUGGCAAUUUCAAUGAAUCUCGAUUCUGUGACUAGAGAUACAUUUAUGAAGGCUGUUUUAGAACUCGUCAAGAAUGAAAAGUACACGCAAAAUGCAAAAAUUGCUUCUGAUCGUUUUAAAGACCGCCCGUUGUCAUUGUCGAAAACCAUUGAUUAUUGGACGAGAUACGUUAUUCGCCAUAAAGGAGCUCCUCAUUUAAAAUCUCAUGCACUCAAUUUGAAAUGGUAUCAAUAUUUUUUACUGGACGUUAUUGCUGUUGUCGUAUUAGUUAUAUUAUUAUUUUAUUACAUUUUAUUUAAGAUAUUUACAUUUAUAAAAAAAAUAAUAUUUAAUUCAAGGACCAAAUCAAAAUCAAAAGGAAGAAAAAUAAUAUUUCCAGCCGAUUCCGCACAAAUUUUAGCAGUUGAGCUGGUAGGUGGGAGAAGCCAUUGGAAUUUCAUGAGUGCGGUAUUACGGUCUUUAAUAGAAAAAGGACACAAUUUGACCAUUUUUUCUCCAUUUACUGAUAUUGAUUAUUGUGGUGUGAACUAUUCUUUGAUAGAUACAUCUAAAGACUAUCCAACUACAAGUUCAAUAAACUUUACGAUCUUAAAAACACUUGGUUCGACUGAACAGCUUAUAUCCCAAAGCGUUAAUAUUACGAGGAAUCGUUGUAACACUAUCUAUAAUAACAAUGAAAUAAAUAAGAUCUUAACUGCCAAAAAUAGUUCAGGUUACGAGAUUUUAAUUAUUGAACCGAUGGCCACUGAAUGCGCUUCACACAUAGCAAGCAUACUUCAAAUUCCCGUAGUUUACCUUAUCCCAUCGCCAAUGUCAACAUUUAUUGAACCAAUGAUUUUUGGACAUAUACCAAACCCUGCAGUUGUAUCCAAUAUACUAAAUAACCAUGCAAUUCUCAGAACAUUUGGUCAGAGAUGUAUCAACGCUGCACUAUUGGCAUACAGCUUAAUUUCAAGAGAAUACAACGAAUGGAUAAUCAAAAAAACUCAGCCUCAGUUUUAUGAUUCGAUCGAGCCUAUUAAGCCUUCUAUCGUGUUUGUUAACUCCCAUCAUAUUACUGAACAAUCGAGACCUUUGCCACCAAAUUUUAUACCAAUUGGCGGUAUACAUCUCAGCCAACCUAAAAGCAUAUCAAAACAUAAGGAAGGAAAAAACAUAAAUAAAUGUAAUAUUAAAUUCAGUCAUUCCGAAGUAACCGUAACACUGAACACGUUGUUACAUACGAUGAAGUUACCAGUGUUUUAUAUUUUUACUGUUUUGAUUACAUUUGCAUCUGUCGACGCAUUGCAAAUUCUCGCUAUAGAAAAUGUUGCCGGCAAGAGUCAUUGGAAUUUUUUGAGCGCAGUUCUCCGAUCUUUGUCGGAUAACGGUCAUAAUGUUACCGUAUUUACUCCAUUUCCCGAUGGCAAUCAGGUAAACUAUACAGAAGUUUAUAUUGAAUUACCAGCGAAAGUCUCAAUGGAUGCCGUGGAUACAUUUAAUACGUUUGGAAAAUCUGAGGUAUUGAUACCUCUAGUCAUGACCAUGACUCGCCAUUUUUGCAACAUAAUUUAUGAACAAAAGGAUAUGCUGGAAAUAUUAAACAGUGGUAAAUCAAAUUUUGAUAUUAUCAUUACUGAAGUAUUAUCGUCGGAAUGUACAUCGUAUGUAGCUUUCAAGCUGGAUUUGCCACUGAUAUACGUAAUCCCUUCGCCAAUGGUCUCCAACAUCGAGCAUUCUGUGUUAGGUGACGUGUCCAAUCCAGCUACAGUAUCACAUCUGAUGGCUCAUCACGCGGUGCCUAGAACAUUUGCUCAACGAUUUUCAAACGUCGUUCUUUUGGGUUUUAGUUUGUUCGCAUUAAUAUAUAAAGAAAUGGAACUGAAAAAAAUUGACCCUCAGCCAUAUGAUCUAGUGAAACCUAAAAAACCGUCGUUGGUGUUCAUGAACACACAUCACAUUACCGAUGCACCAAGACCUAUGCCUGCAAGUGUCAUACAAGUUGGAGGAAUACAUUUGAAAACACCAAAAAGCAUACCAAAUGAUAUACUGGAGUUUAUUGAAAACUCACCACAUGGAGUGAUUUAUUUUACAUUUGGAUCAGUCGUUUCAAUGUCAACAUUACCAGAUCAUAUUCAAAAUGCAUUUAAAGAAGCUUUAGCACAAGUACCUCAGAGGGUUUUAUGGAAAUACGAAGGAGAAAUGAAAGAUAAACCGAUUAAUGUAAUGACGAGUAAAUGGUUUCCACAGCGUGAUAUACUUAUGCAUCCUAAUGUAAAAUUAUUUAUUAGUCACGGUGGUAUAUCUGGUGUAUAUGAAGCUGUAGAUGCAGGUGUUCCUGUUCUCGGAUUUCCCUUAUUCUACGAUCAACCUAGAAAUAUAGAAAACUUAGUUGAUGCAGGAAUGGGGAUUUCAAUGGAUCUGUUAACAAUUCAAAAGAACGAUUUGUUAAAAAAUAUUUUAGAACUCACUAAUAAUGAAAAAUACACGAAGAAUGCUAAAAUCACUUCUAAAAGAUUUAAAGACCGACCGAUGUCACCAGCAGAAUCAGUUGUUUACUGGACAGAGUAUGUAGUUCGUCAUAAUGGUGCACCACAUUUAAGAUCUCAUGCGUUUAAUUUGACGUGGUAUCAAUACUUUUUAUUGGAUGUUGUUGUUGUUAUUCUAAUUUUUAUCGCUUUAGUAAUUUUAAUUACAUACAAAGUUUUUAAAAUUGUAUAUUAUAAAUGUUUAAAAUACUCUCAAACUAUUAAACCAAAGUUAGAAUAAUGUUAGUACUAUUAUCGUAUUCAUUUUUUAAUUACUUAUAUAAUAAAAUAAAUUUAUCACA